UUCCGGCCGCCAACACCGGCAGCAGCUACUUUUCGCGGCAAAAUGAAAUGAGCGUCUGAUGAUUUAUUCUGCCAACUAACGUGUAACGCUAGGUAGUUAAACAGUAUUUAUAUAUAUACACAGACGUUGGAUCGUCUGACGUGUUAUCCUCUCCACAGUUAACUUAAACAAUCUGGUAACGAUACAGCACUAAACAAUGGCGCUAGUAACCGGAGAAAGCCUCAAAUCAGAGCUGGAAGUGUUCGACAUAUGCUGCCAAGAUGACUCCGUCCUCGAUAAGAUGGUGGAGCAGUGUAUUUGUAACAGGAUACAGGCCCAUGAGAUGGUGCUGGAGUGGGUGGCCUACAGCACCACAAAAAAUGAACUAAAACUCACCACGGACAACCUGGAGCUAUUUGAUCAUGAGGUGUUAAACAAGAAGAGUAAAUCCAACAAAACCUUCAGAAAAGAAGAAACUCAUAACAGAACCAGAGACAUCCUCUUACUACAGGACUUACUCAAAGUUGAGGAAGAGGAGGAGAAUCUCCUGGAUGCGUACUCUACUCCUGCGAAGGGUUCUCAGAAACGAGCACUGACCACUCCUGAACACCCUCAGUCAAAAAGAAGUGCAGCUCUGCUGUCCAGCCCGAGCCUGCUGCUGUCUCCGGCUAGCUUCUCCCCCAGUUCAACACCCUCCCAGAAGUACAGCCAGAGAGGAGCCAAAGGGGAGGUGGUGGUUUCUUUCGGGGCCGUGCAGGGCACCCGCUGGGCCGGCAGAAAGACUCAGGGCGACGGCGUCCAGCUGGAGCUCCUGGAAGGGCCUGAAGACUCGCUCCGCUGCAGCUACAAGUACAUGUUCCAGAGGCUGCGCGAUGUUCGAAAUGUGUUGACGGAGAAGAUAGAGGAGCUUGGCGAUGGCCUCCGGUCUCACUUCAACAUCGAAGAGUUUGCCCCCGUCUCUCUGCCCGCUCAGGACAGUAUCACCGUGUCGGGUCAGGUCUGCUGCGACAGUAACGGCAAACUGAACGCACACUCUGUUCUGUUGGAGGCGGGGCCGGAGCAAGGCGGUCAGCAAGUACCUGUUGACCUAUCGGAGCUUAAAGAGUACUCACUGUUUCCUGGUCAGGUGGUGGCGUUGGAGGGAAUGAACACAACAGGAAGAAAACUGAUGGCUUCCAAACUCUAUGAGGGAGUCCCUCUUCCUUUCUACUCUUCUGAGGUGAAAAUGGAGAUGGAUGAAGAGCCGAUGAAUGUUCUGGUGGCGUGUGGACCCUACACUCCCUCUGACAGCCUCACCUUUGACCCUCUGCUGGACCUAAUCAAUGUCAUUGUCAAGGAUUGUCCUGACGUCUGCCUGCUGCUGGGCCCGUUUGUGGACUCCAAACAUGAACAAAUUGAGAAAGCUCAGGUGACCGAGACGUUUGAGGCCAUUUUCUCAAGAUGUAUUGAAAGCAUUGUGGAUGGCACCAAAAGUGUUGGCUGCCGCCUGGUGUUUGUGCCCUCCCAAAGAGACAUCCACCAUCACUUCAUCUACCCACAGCCUCCCUUCACCCUGCCGAACCUCGGCAAGGACCAGGCCCAGCGCGUCACCCUGGUCCCUGACCCCUGCACCCUGCUAAUUGAUGGAGUCACCUUGGGCUUGACGUCCACUGAUAUCCUGUUCCACAUGGGCGCAGAGGAGAUCAGCUGCGGCACUGGAUCGGACCGAUUUUCUCGCAUACUGAAACACAUGCUGACCCAGAGAAGUUACUACCCGCUGUACCCGCCUGUGGAGGAGGUGAACAUGGAUUACGAGAAGUUUCAGAGCUUCGGUCAAAUGCCGCUGACUCCUGACGUCCUCAUCAUUCCCUCCGAGCUGCGCUACUUUGUAAAGGAUGUGGUCGGCUGCGUGUGCGUCAAUCCCGGACGGCUGACCAAAGGCCAGGUGGGCGGGACCUACGGCAGGUUGCUCAUUCAGCGCAGCGCUGCACCCGAAGACGGGAGGAGAGCGAGCCCCUGUUUGGCAGCUCAGGUGGUGAAAAUCUGAAUCUUCAAGGAGAUUAAGACUCUGAAUGCUUGUUGACUUUACCAGGAGCAGCUUUGAACGCUGUGCUCUCCAGGCACCCUGAUGUAAAAUAUGUUUAAAGAAACAAUUCACUGUUUUGUCCUUUAGUCUAUUUUUACUUGACAAACAUGUCUGUUUGGUGCUGUCAUUACUGGGGUGGAAUAUCAGUCUCUCAGGCACAACGGCAAUAACAAUCUUUCAAUAAAUUAUUCUUUGUAUUGUU